GUUUUAUAUAAAUUACCGCCGGUUGCAGAUCAACUGGAUGUAAAGCAGCUACCAUAGAUAUUUAAAAGCAAGCUCUUAAGUCCACAAUCUACAAAUUCAAAUUGUUAUGGGUUCCAACAGCAAGCCGAAGGCGCUGCUUCUGGGCAAGAUAGACCAUGCCCAUUCAGCUUGGGCCAGUCUGGCAGAUAUUGCAGAGCUUGUUGAAACAAAGGCCACUAAUCGUGCCGAAUUCAUUCAGGAGUGCCUCACUGGCAAGCUCGAUGGCGUCCUCGUGGCUUAUCGGACUUUUGGGUCAUCAAGCGUCACUGGCCUCGUCGAUGAGGAAUUGGUCAAUGUGCUGCCGAAAUCACUGAGAUAUCUUGCACAUUGCGGAGCUGGAUAUGACCAAAUCGACGUUGAUGCCUGUAGCGCGCGCUCGCCACCGGUGCUAGUCUCCAAUGUUCCAACAGCCGUCGACGACGCAACCGCAGAUGUUAAUAUGUUCUUGAUAAUUGGGGCACUGCGCAACUUUAACACAAGCAUGCUGGCCCUGCGAGAAGGGAAAUGGAAAGGCCAGCCACCUCCAAAACUGGGCCAUGACCCUCAAGGGAAAGUUCUCGGAAUCCUGGGCAUGGGGGGAAUCGGUCGGAAUUUGAAAAAGAAGGCGGAGGCUUUUGGACUGGAGAUUAUCUACCAUAACCGCAGAAAACUGAGUGAUGAGCUUGCCGACGGCGCGGAAUAUGUAUCCUUUGAUGAAUUAUUGGGGAGGAGCGAUGUGAUUAGUUUAAAUUUACCAUUGAAUAAAAGCACGCGGCACAUAAUUAGCCAUGCCGAAUUCGCCAAGAUGAAACAAGGCGUGGUCGUCGUAAACACCGCCCGCGGCGCUGUCAUCGAUGAAGAUGCCAUGGUCCAAGCGCUGGACAGUGGCAAAGUGCUCUCUGUCGGCCUAGAUGUGUUCGAAGACGAGCCCAAUGUGCACCCGGGCCUCUUGCGCAACCCGAAUGUCAUGCUAGUGCCGCAUAUGGGCACCUACACUGUCGAGACCCAAACAGCCAUGGAAGAAUGGGCGAUCGACAAUGUGCGCCAGGCCAUUGAAAAGGGCAAGUUGAAAUCUCCCGUUCCCGAACAGGGAGAGAUGUCGCUGGUAUCGUGAAAUGCAGUAUUUAUCCUCAACCCAGCUAUAUAGAUAGCCCUUUCACAUUUUUUUCUAUCCCUUUUUGUUUUUUUGCUUCUUGGGGAACACCCACGCCUGUCCGAGUAUACUAUAUAAUAAUACACCUAGGUGAUAUACGGCUAUAAAUAAAAUGGAGGAGGGAGCCAAAAAGCGAAUACGCAAAUACAAAUUGGGGCGGUCUCGUUAUGCGAGCAAGGGAGGAAAGACUGUUUUAUUAUUUUUGAUUUGUAAAGUCAUUCCCUACAUAACUAACUAGUCAUCUGCUGCCUAUAUAAUAGUAAUUAUUUAUAU